AUGAGUUAGACAGAUAAAGAGUGGACUCCAGAAUAUAUUUUUAAGUUCAUCUUAAUAGGAAAUUCAAGCACUGGAAAGACCUCUAUGUUACAAUACUUCAUCAAUUAGACUUCAAAAACGAAAGUUCAAUAAACUGUGGGAGUUGAAUUCUCGUCUAAAUUAUUGGAAUACAAAGACAAGAAGAUCAAGUUAUAAAUAUGGGACACUGCUGGACAAGAGAGAUUCCGUUCAAUUGCUAGAACUUAUUUUAAGAACACGAUUGGAGCAAUUAUAGUUUAUGAUAUUACAAAUUAGGACUCAUUUGAUGCAAUAGAUGAUUGGAUUAAAGACGCAAGAGAAAAUGGAAAGAGUGAUCUAGAUGUUAUGGUAGUAGGGAAUAAAAUCGAUUUGAAAGACCAGAGAGUUAUAAGUAAAGAUCACGCUGAAAGAGAAAUGAAAAACAAAGAUGCCCUCUACAUUGAAACCAGUGCUGUUACUGGAGAAAAUAUCGAUAAGUGUUUUUAAAAUUUGAUUGAUUAGAUCUGCUAAAAAAUAACACAAGGUCGGAUUGAAAAAGAUGAGUACAAUCCAUAAUUAAAAAAUCCAUUAUCACAGAACCUUAAAACCAAAACCAAUGAGGCUUAAAGUCAAAGUUAAACAUGCAAUUGUUGAGUCUUCAAUAAUGAUUAGUGUGCAUAUCAGAAGAUAUAUAUACAUUACAUAAUUUAAUUGCCAAA